AUGCCACCAACCGGAAAAAUGACAGAGGAGCUGGCCGCCCGUCGUGUCAGACAUGCAGUACAGGCAGACAAGAACUGGAAUGAAAUCGACAUACAGUUCCUCAAGCAACAAGGAAAGCUUGACGACCUUUGUGAGAAAAUCAAUUGCGACGAAUUCACAAUGCAGGUGCGCCAGGUUCCCGAACCGGAUGUCCAGAUACCGGUAGGCUCAGUGCAUUCAGGAUUGGCGACAACAUACCGAACACAUACUUCAGAAAGCCGGUAUGAUUGCAAUUGUGAACGCUCUGAUAACGGCUCCGAUGUUGAGAUCUUCGAAAUUUCUGAGAGAGCGUCUCAGGCUAGGGUGCUCGGCCAUAAGCGAAUGAGAGAAGACCCUAAGCUGACCUCUAACAACAACGAUGAAGUACCGACCAAGGUAAAGGCGAUACAUCUACCUCCAGCAAGCAGACUGACGCUGGAAUUUGGUAAAUGGCUGCAACAAGAACCAGACCUUGAGGCUCCGGAUUUUCAAGUGAAUGAUAUAGCUGAGAAUGAGAUCCCAGUGGGCCAACUAAAACUUGACCCCAUACCAAAACGGAUCGUUGUGGCCUCUACUGGUCUGGGGAAAGUUCAUUACUAUGUCCGGAACUGGACGGUCAAGGGACAGAAAAUGAAAUGCGGGAAUGACUACGGAGUGUGCUACCCUUCUGAUACUCAGUUUUCCUGGGAUUGGGAGGACGCUAAUCGCAACAUUUUGUGGAUGGAAUAUCUGGUUCAGGCUCGUGCUACACGGACAGCCGAGAGCCUUUACACCUUCCUCACGGAUGAGACCCACAAAAAUGCCAAAUCGGAUAAAAAUAGUCCAUAUAAGAACGGAGAGGACUUCCGAGCACACCCUUGGCUGGGCAACAUAUGGGAUCUUACCGCGCCAAACAAAACGGCUAAAAGUCUAAGCGAUCCGGAGAGGACACCGGGGGACUUGUUUUCGAUCUUGAACGACUUGGAUCACCAAUGUCGGUUGAUGUAUGGAGAGAUUCGAAAGGCUUAUAACGCUAUAGAGAAGUGUUCCCAAGACGAAAGUAACUCUCUCGCGGACUGUACCAGAAUGACCGAGCAGCAUGUCGCGAAAGUCUGGGAGCAGAUGCAUGCAAUGGUACACACGAUGUAUGCUACACGAAAGCAGCCGAAGGUGGAAUUCACCACACUGAUCAAGUUCGGCAAACGUCCGAUGGAGCUGUUCGGAGUCUCACCGAUCAAAACGGAUUCUGAAGGGAUUAUAUUUCUCUCUAGAAAGGUGCCAACCUUAAAAUCCAUUUACCUUGAGGAGGCGGAGCAGCGAGAUUGGCAGCUAACACUCCUUCACGACGCACAGAGUCAGUCUCAAAGGGCUCAUGAGGCUCCUGAGGCACAACAAGGGAGGCCCGAGUGA